CACUCACCCACCCACUCGCUCACUUCCACUCCCUUCCACCCACCACCACCCUCCACCAGAACAGGCUACUGUACCGUUGCCUUAGGGUCACUCCUACUACUCCAUCGCCUCGAACCCUGUAAAACUAAUGCAUAGCCAUCCUUCGGGUCUCCAGCUGUACGGCUCAUGUGCUCUUCCGCCUUCUCCGUGGAGAUCUGGCCACGACCAUCAUGGUGACCAGUGCUCUCUCCACGAUGCCGCUGGCGUCGAUGCUACAGUACCUUCACCUGCUCCGUAUACUAAGUAUACACUGCCACUAGCAAUGGUCAGCAACGGCCAUAUCAUGAGAGCUCGCCACAACCAGGUAUAAGUAAUCCUAUAUCUCUCCCAGUAUACCAGACCUUUCUUUUGUUCAUCAUCAAACAGAAACACAAACACAAAAGCCACACAUUCGCUACUUGCAAGCCAUUCUCACACUCGCUUGGACCAUACAUCCAUCCUCUUGAGACUCCUAAUUUGAUAUCACAGCACUCGUUUACUGUCUUACCAAACAAUCAAACACAUGCUCGCUUCAAUCUCCCUGCUUGUUGCCGCCCUCGCUGGCUCGUCUCUGGCUUAUCCAUACCCAGAGGGCUACCAUCACGGCAACACCACCACCCCCUGCACCACGAGCACAACUUCUACAAGCUUGACCACAACCUCCUCAUGGUCAACCACCACAACACAGACCACCUCUUCGAGCUCCAGCACGACGACACCUUGCACUACAUCGUCUUCUAACUCUGUCUCGACGAACUCGACCUCCACUUCAACCAAACCCUGCACUACCACAACAUCCGGGGUAAUCACCACCACCAGUGCUUCUACCACCUCUACCCCUUGCACCACUUCAACCCACACGAAGCCUCACCAAAACUCGACCACGACCACUGUGUCGCCGGUCUCCACCACCCCAUCUCCAACCAGCACUGAGAUCUGGACUACCUAUACCACGACAGAAUGGAUCACCAGUACCAAGUUCGUUCCUUGCUCAACUCCAGUUGCAACCCAAGGGACCUCGACAUUCUAUUCUACGUGGCUCACCACUGACAUCUGGACCACGACUUCGUGCUAUCCAGUCACCACCCACUGGGCACCAUCUCCGGCUCCAGCCAAACCUACCGUGACCAACACACCAGUGCCAGCUAAACCAACUACCGUGGUGACACCUGCUCCAGCGCCAGUUACAGUCUAUCCAUCAAGCUGCCCUGCUGUCGGCACCGAGACUGUGACCGUCACUGUCACUCAACCAGCCCAAGGUGGCGCUGGCACUUACUAUCCACCGGGCCACUGCCACGAAUGCCAGACCAUCACCUACACCGAUGUCUGGGGAGUGAUCGUGACCAUUGCCAUUCCCAACCAGCCAACAACAAGUGCCCCGGCCCAACCCACGAGCACCAAUGUGAUCACCACCACAUCUACUCCGUGGACCACAAAGGGACAUCAUAACUCGACCACCACUGCCUGGACUUCUUCCAAGGUUACAGGCACUACCAGCAGUUCCGUACCCACAACUACACCGUGCACCACAUCAAGCCACAACUCGACAGUGACAUCCACCACUGCUAGUUCCACUACGACUGGCGCAACUUCCACCUCCAAAUGGGGCACUACCACUACCACUACAGCCCAGAGCACAGGUACCACCAGCGCAACCACAUCCACUGGAACUGGAAGCUCUAAGCCAACAUCUUGGGCCAAGUUCAGGAGAUUCUAAUCGCCCAGCAACACAAUCUCCCAAAAGCACAUGAUCAUCUCUUAUCACAUGCACACUCCUUUAUGAAGUUUACUGCGCUUUGAAGCAUGGCGCGGAUUGGAUACAACCGACCAUCUAAUUGUCCAGCUCCUGGAUUUACUGUCUCUAUCUGGUUUUCAACGGCAUAGCAAGCAUGGGUGUGAUUUUUCAGCAUAGCAUAGCGUGGGACCAGUCCGCGAAGAAGCGAGACUAGGAUUGCAAUUGAUGUUGCAGAUAUAUUUGGUUAUGGGAUAGUACCCUCUGCACCUAUUAGACAUGGAACAAGUGCAUUACAUACAGCACAGCAGAGCAAAAUAAUUUAAUGCAUCAGAAAUGAAAAUCAUUAAUGAUCGACAUCCUUUUUCUGUGCAGUAGUGGUGUGACCAAUCUUCGAACGGAAGAAGAAGCAGGAUCAAUCUCGUGAGACUGAAACAUGCGGUUCUCAUGACGCCGACGAUAAUUUAUUUUGAGCUCGGCUACCUUGAUUAUAGCCAUACCCUUCACCAUUGCACUACAGUACGCUCGUAGACAAACAACCCCAUUAAAAUUCAAAAUAACGCACCAAGCUAACUGGUAUCCGUCACCGCUCCUAUCCGUACCCAUGCGCCGUCGCUCAAGAAGGAAAGAAAGAAAAGGAAACAGAAAACCAGUCGACCUGCCGGUGUGGCGUGUGACGUUGAACCCGAACAGAAGAGGCCUUCCUUACUCAGGCCAAGGAGUCCCAAAGAUAAACGCUCAGCGGGAACUUGAAACUAAAACUCGAACUCCAUAGCUAGAUAUACAUUAAAAUCAAGGGCGAAAAUAAUCGCUGUCGCCGUCGCAUCCCUCGGUUACAGGACUGGGGCUGCUGAGGCCAAUGUCCGUUUCAAAUUCCAUUUCAAUGGUCGUGGAUGUGGGUGUGGUUGUGAUCAAGGAAAUCUGAACUUCGUCGGCCCAUCGGACGGACUUGGGGCUUUGAGCGCUUGAUCGCCUCUGCCCGAAAAAGAAUGAUUGGGCUCUUGUGGAAAACAAGCGAGGCCGCUGUGGAGGUGGGGAUUUGGAGAGUGCGGAGCGUAGCUUUAGCUUAGGAGUUGACGUAGAUCGUGGUGAAGAAGUGGUGGUGGUAGUGGUAGUGGUAGUGGUGAUGCUCUUGGGAGUGGGAUUGCGCGGUGAAGAAUUUGAGGUAUGAAUGGUGUUGAUCCGAAUUAUGGGAUGGUGAUCUUGUCCCAGGAUAUACCGAAUGAUGCCUCUUCGAAGAGGCAAGGAUUGCCCAAGUUGAAGCUGCUGCUGUUGGAUGUGCUCGUUGUGGAUGGCUCCAAUGGCACGUUUUGUUUCUCCAUAAUGAUGUGGCGCCGCCUUCUCCUGAACUGCCACCCCAUUAUCCUGUUCGACCUGUUGUGACUGAUGAUGCGUGUCAUGGCGGCCAAGGUAUGUUGCCAGGACGGACAGUACGCAAAUAAGCAGGCACACCAAACUGCCCAGAACCAACAAAGAGACCACCACACCGCGCAGGAAGCCGAGUUCGAGAAUCCGCCGGAACGUGUGUUGAGUGAGUUCGGCGAAGGACAGGGCACCCAGUUCCGGGGUCCCCACGUGAGCGUGGGCGUGAGCGAUGGGAUAUGUGAGGACGGUGGGCGCUGUGACGAGCAGGACGAGGCUGCAGAUAAUAUGUUUCGACGACGCCAUUGUCCUUGUUCCAGACACGUAGAGAUGGAACCUCAUCCGACAAGCACUGCAGCUCAGAGCAUUUUUGUAUAGGAUGCGCGGUGAGGAGAACAGAGAGCGGAGGUGAGGUGGAAGCCAAACGACAGAAGAAGGGGACAGGACUCGCAUUUUCUCUGACAGCUGCAUGGCUUACAUGUCUGACAGAUCUUACCUUCAGCUGGUCCGUGAGUCCGUCUGUUGUUGAUGGGACCCAGCGCUGGCCGCCGAGGCUGAGGCUCAAAAUGGCAAAAGAAUGGAAUGUAAUUCAAUGCGGCACUCGACCGCGGCGUAACAUGAUUGGGGAGGCGCCCUCUCAUCAGGCGACAACAUGUCUGGGCACAAGGGGCCGAGGAUGGGAGGAUGGGGAGUUAAGGUCUACUGUGCUCAACACCUCUCUUGAAGAAGCGAUUCAUCAGGGCAAUUAUUGAGAGCUAGUAGGCGGGAAGCGGAUCUCCCGCUCGUUCGUCGCGUGCACAGUCCGCCGCGUGUGGAAAAGGUGGGAUGGCAGUGGAGAGGCGCGGAUGUUGAAGUUCAAGUUGCCUGUCACAGCCUUGUCACUCUGCUGUGGAGGAGAUUGGAUGCCAGUCUCAAGGCGCAGGAGUUAGGAGGUGGGAUUGGAACAGCAAUUCUCCAUAUCUGGGUGCGAAUCUGAGAUACCCGUGUCCCUGGAGUUCGAAUUUGAGAUAUCAUUUCGGAUCAUUCUGGAGAUGGAUUGCUGCUUGACUUCCUAAGUUCUACAAGGUUGAAGUGGGUGCCAAUAGUACACGGCAGGGCUAGGGAGGCCCGAGGCGGCCCUCCUCGUUGUACGUUCAAGCGAGCAAUUACGUGAGGAGUAAAACAGUCAGACAAGCCCC